AGUUCCGUGAUAUUUGGAUUGUAAACAAACGGUGCGAGCGUCCGUUUUCCUUAUUAAUCAUCGAUUGACUUGAAUCAGCUUUAAAGGAAACAAUAAUUUGAAGAUUUUGCGGCGGCCACACCUUUUUUCAGGAGUCAUGAGCAGCUGCUCAACCAGACGGACGCCCAGCAGCUUCGGUUCCGUUAGCAGUCCCCCUCCGCCGCCGUCCUCCGCUGCGCUACAGAUGAUAAACAUGCUGGACUCCGCAGCAGAGCAGAUGAUGGUCCACAGAGACUUCCAGGCGGUUUUUGACACGUGCCAGAGAGGUCUGGAAAAGCUCGCGGGCACGGACGACAACAGAUGUGCAGAGUUGAAGGCCGGUUUCUGCAUCUUGGGGAUUCAGGCGCUGGCUGAGCUGAAUCAGUGGCACGGAGUCCUCGCCUGGGUUCUGCAGCAGUAUGAGCGCCAGGAGAACAUACCAGCAAAAAUAAUGCAGAUGUGCAUUCUUCUCUACUCUAAAGUGGGUGAAGCUGCCGAGAUGCAGGAAGCUGCCCGACUUUGGUUAAACUGCCCGUCAAAUUCCAGAUCCGCUGGUUUCCGGACAGUUGCCGAGUUGUAUCUUCUGCACGUUCUUGUACCUCUUGGACAUUUUAAGGAAGCGCGGGAGUUUAUCGCAGGGGAGGUCGGCGCCGCUGCCUUCGCGGAGCGACAACAGGCGGCGCUGGAUAUCGUGGAAGAAAAAGCACAACAAAGUCAAGAAGCAGCUUUACGUUCUGGGAUCCAUCCAGGUUCUUCUGAGCAUCCUAACUCAGUUACAGAUGUUGUAAUCCAUAAACUUGAAGCUAUGCUGAGGUUUUUAUACAGAAAAAUCUUGACGGCCGGUUCUGGCUUAUUCCCUCUCCGGAGACUUUUCCUGGUAGCCGUUAUCCUCUACAUGCUCUUCAGCAGACUGGAUCCAGCUGCUCCGUCCUCAUUUAUGUGGAUUUCCAAACUUAGUCAGCUGUUUAAACAGACGUGGAGAACCAUGUUUGCACCGUAUUAUCAGACUGUCAGUCGGGAACACUAAUUGUGGGAACAUUUUGUUUGGUUCAUUUUGAAUUAUAGAAGGACUUUAAUUCCUAGAGUUUCUAACAUUUAUGUAAUUUCAUUCAUAAAUACGGUUUUUACAGAGAGGUGCUUCACAAUCUACCAGUAACAGAUUUUAUUGCUUAAAUUUUAGUUUGUUUGUUUUUUUAAAGAAAAGUAAACAAUAAAUCAUUUGAAUGUUUAAUAAACUUUAUUAAAUACUGUGAAACAAGCAGAAUCUUGAAGUAAAACUUGGAGAGGUGGAACAGGAGCUGGACUGCAUUUAUACUGAUAUAGAAUUUAGAAAAAUCUCAGCUAUAAUAUAUUGAAUAGAACUGAUUAACAUUUAGAUGUUUUAUUUUUUUCUAAAAUUUCUAUGUGUAAAAUUUUGGCUAAAAAUAAACUUUGUUUUUCUCUUUA